UCCCGACUCCUCCUCCUCCGUCGCUCAGCUCCUGACAUGCGCAGUCCGCGACAUGCCUUGGCCAAAGUGGAAGUGGCCAAGAUGGCGGCUUCCGGUGUGUUCGGCGCCUUCUCCUCAGGAGCCCUCCCGCUCGUGUUGAUGCUUCUUCUUCUUUCGGAAGCAGAAGCCGGGCGAGGCCGGGUGCAGGAGCUGAGCGACGGCGAGUGGAGGGAGCUGCUGCACGGAGAAUGGAUGCUCGAAUUCUAUGCUCCCUGGUGCCCUGCAUGUCAGAACCUGCAGCCGGAGUGGGAAAGUUUUGCAGAAUGGGGUGAAGACCUGGAGGUUAACAUUGCUAAAGUAGACGUGACAGAGCAGCCAGGACUCAGUGGGAGGUUUAUCAUCACAGCACUGCCCACCAUCUACCACUGCAAAGAUGGUGCGUUCAGGCGGUACCAGGGUCCGCGGACGAAGACCGACUUCAUCAACUUCAUCAGCGACCAGGAAUGGAAAUCCAUUGAGCCGGUUUCCUCCUGGUUUGGCCCGUCUUCCUUCCUGAUGAGCAGCAUGUCUGCCCUCUUCCAGCUCUCCAUGUGGAUCCGGCACUGCCACAACUACUUCACCGACAACCUCGGCCUCCCGCCCUGGGGAUCCUACACCAUCUUCGCCUGCGUGACGCUCUUCUCGGGGCUGACGCUGGGCCUUAUCAUGGUGUUCCUGGCAGAUUGCAUUUGCCCUUCCAAAAAGCACAGGCCACCGCAGUAUCCGCACCAAAAAAAGCUUCAGGAGUCUCCUCCUCAAACGGCAAGCGAGGAGUUCUCUGAGAGCGAAGGGGAGCACAGAGGCCCUGAUCCGAGCACCGUGAGGCAGCGCAUAGUGGCGCCGGGGGCUGAAGCAAAGGAGCAGUCCUAGCCCCCGCCUGAUGGCUCACCUGGCACGAAGGCUGAGCCAGGCUGGGCAAAACCCUCUCUUUCCCCUUGGCAGAGGCAACCGAGGCCCGUAGCAGAAUUUCCAAGUCAAACAGUGGUGCCACUUGACGCGUGAAGGGCCGGAGGAGCCUCCCUUGGUCAAGAAGGGAGAGGCCCAUCUCCGAGACUUGUGUGCGACUUCAAUGUUCCUGGGCUGCAGUGCUGCAGAAGGCCAACCCCCACAGUCUUGCCGCUUUUCUGGAGGAGGUUGCCAGGGGGAGAAUGCCUCCUCUCCUCUCUCUUUCAUCUUAACAAGAGGCUGCUUAUAAGCGGUUCGCGUAUAGAGCUCUAGUGCUGACUAACAGGCCCAACUGAGCCAGCAACUUUGGACGCCCUGGGGCUCUUUUGGGCAGAAGCAGGAGAAGAGCUUCAAGGGUCCGCGUGGCGCCUGCACUCCGAAUGGGAUAUGAAGUCCUUGUGGCUGUCCACAGUAGCCUAGAUGUUUCCUCUGUGUUGUUAUUAUCAUGACCAUUAUUACUGUUGUCCCUUUGCUUCCCACUGAGUGUCGGCCUGCCCCUGCCCUCCCUGUGUCGCCUUCUCAUGCAGAGAGCUUCCUGGGCAGCAAUGGUCAGAGUUAGCAGCGAGUCCCCUUGUCUGCUUCUUCCGUGUCAUGAUUCCCUCUUUAAUAGCUUUGAAAGUAAGGGAUAGGGAUCUCAGGACAGAUGUUGUCAAGGGGUGCAUUUGCACUGUGGAAUUUACGCAGUCCAACACUACUUUAACUUCCAUUAUUCCUUGCUAUGGGAUCCAGGGAGUUGCAGUUUGGUGAGGCCCCGUCUUGGCAGAGUUUCACUGGCCAGGAUUGAUCCCAUAGCCUUGACCCAUGGCUGCUGCAGUGACGUCAACCUGGAUUCCUUCUACAGUGUAGACAAACAGAGUCCUUGAUAUUUUUCCUGCUUAAAUGUACAUUACUUCUGUUUCCUUUCCGUUGUCCAGAAUCGCUCUGAUUCUUUGAGCCCCUUCUUUGGGUUGAAGGUGAAGCUGAGUAAUUCCUGUGCAAUUCCCUCUGAGGCUGCAAGUCCUGCUUUUGGGGGUCCAGCGGCUUCUGCUUUGUGGAUUUCAUUUGUUUAUAGUCAGUCUUCUACAUUUCCGGUUGUUCUUGCCGGUUGCUCUCGUUUAGCAAUCCUUGUUCAUGGCAGACGGAGUGAGUUCUUGACCGGUGCAGACAUCUCCAUUAAGCUCUGACCAGGCAGGCAAAGAGGGAGACAGAGCAGUUCUCUAGAAUGGAUAUUGUGUUGGUUUUCAACAAGAAAAAUCUUGUCUCUUUGCUAGGUCCUAUGAGUCCCGGUAGGUAGCCAUGGGGAGUUUUCUCUGCAGUGCCACUCAGUAAUGGACUUGGCCAGCUCUCCAUUCCAUUCCAGGCAGAAGCGGGAUUUGGAGAGGCCGACCUUUUACUUGUCUCAGUUUAUUGCUUGACUUUUUGCUCUGUUCAAGCCCUUGGUGGCCUCUCCAGGAAGUCAGAAGUUUUGCAUCACUCCAGUUGCAUUGCCGUAGUAAUACAAAUCCUGGCCAGUUCGCAGCCCCAUCCUCCAUGGGGCCAACCUUGAAGUUUUCCUACAUGGCUGUCAAACCAAACAAGAUGGUAGAUGAAGGGAAUGCAGUGGAUGUAGCAUACCUUGAUUCCACAGUGCUUUCAACAGGAUCCCCCCAGAUAAUAAAAUGCUCCCAUGAGGUGGAUUAGGAAUUGUUGACAGGUCAGACCCAAAGGGAGCUUCUGUCCAGUGCUCCGUCUUCAUCCUGGAGAGACGGGACCAGUGGAGGCCAUCAAGCAGGCGUUCCGCCUCAACCUUUGGGCAGCUGUCUUCACUGCAGUGUGUUGAAUGCUACAAUUCUCUUUUUCUUCCUCAUUGGGAAACAUUUCAAAGUAAUAAAAGUGAUUUCUGUGUCUAGAA